UCAUCUCAAGUUCGGAUAAGUUUCGAAUAUCAGCAUUAACAAUAACAAAAUAUAUCUAUUAACUGCAUCAUAUCGAGAAUUCUUCAGUAGUAGUUAGGACUCCUGUCUUUGGUUAAUGGAUUCAAAAAAAAGAUGCUGAUUGGACUACAAAUGAGACAUUAUAUCUGCUAAAUUAAUUAUGUAAGGAAAAGCUGGUGAUGACAUUGGUUGCCGACUCAGAUAUAAAGGACAAGAGAGUUAAUUUAAUGGAUCUUCUUCACUUUCAAGAUUGGAAUGAUCGCCAUUCUUCUAUUUGAUGUUACCAUAAAAUUCUGCAGAGGCGACAAGCCGACCUUAGAGCGAGGACUGCUGCUGAAACGCUCCACUUUAUCCAAGAAAGUGCAGUUUAAAUAUAUACUCAAAACCCAUCAGGCUAUUUCGGAUUCAAUCCAUGGCGAUUUUGUGCGGUGUAUGUCAACCCAGUUUAGAGACUACACUAGAAGCUUUGAAAUCAUCUUCACCUCAGAUUCCCCUUUAUAUUCAUCUAUUUUGCGGUCUACUUUACAAAACAUGAGAUGGUUGAAUUCCUCAACCUCAACACCUCUUCUCAUAAUCACACCCUUCCAUGAGUCUGAAAUCCACGCAGCCCUUCUUUGUAGCAAAAAGCUUGGUCUGCAAAUCAGGGUCCGAAGUGGUGGCCAUGACUAUGAAGGCCUAUCAUACUCAUGCAAGACCCCAUUUAUCAUCAUUGAUCUUACCAACCUUCGAGCAAUAGAAAUCAAUGUUGAGGAAGAAACCGCUUGGGUUCAGUCUGGGGCGACUCUAGGUGAGCUUUACUAUGCCAUAGGCAAGAAAAGUAGCAUCCAUGCAUUCCCUGCUGGACUCUGCCCGACUGUAGGGGUUGGUGGACACUUCAGCGGAGGUGGUUUGGGGACCUUGAUGAGGAAGUAUGGCCUUGCGGCUGAUAAUGUCCUAGAUGCUUACUUGGUGGAUGUCAAUGGACGAAUUUUGGACAGAAAAGCCAUGGGUGAGAACCUGUUUUGGGCAAUUAGAGGAGGUGGCGGUGCAAGCUUCGGGAUCAUACUUUCUUGGAAAAUCAGGCUUGUUCGAGUUCCACCGACAGUGACAGCUUUUACCAUUUCCAAAACAAUAGAACAAGGUGCAACAAAGCUGGUGCAUAGGUGGCAAUACAUUGCUGAUAAAUUACCUGAAGAUCUGUUCAUCAGGGUCAUCAUUCAAGAUGUCCCAGGAAGUGGCCACAGAAAUAACAAAACCAUCCAAGCUUCUUUCAACUCACUAUUUCUUGGAGAAAUUGACAGACUUAUACCAUUUAUGAAUGAAAGCUUCCCUGUGCUUGGAUUGCUGGCUGAGGACUGCAUUCAAAUGAGUUGGGUUGAAUCCACCCUCUAUUUUGCAGGAUUCCAGCAAGGGCAGCCCCUAGAGGCCUUGUUGGACAAAACUCAACUAUAUAAGAGCAGUUUUAAGGCAAAAUCAGAUUUUGUUAGGGAACCAAUACCUGAAGAAGGACUAGAAGGAAUAUGGAAGAUGUUUUUAGCUGAAGAGAUGGUUUUCAUAAUAAUGGAUCCCUUUGGUGGAAAGAUGAAUACAAUUCCCGAAUCUGCAGUACCUUUUCCCCACAGAAAGGAGAAUUUGUACAAUAUACAGUACAUAGUGAAAUGGCAAGUAAACGAUGUCAAGGCUUCCCACAAGCAUAUAUACUGGAUCAGGAUGUUAUAUGAAUACAUGAGCCCAUAUGUUUCAAAAGCUCCAAGGGCUGCCUAUCUUAACUACAGGGAUCUGGACUUGGGAACCAACAGCCAGGGCAGCACAAGCUAUGCAGAGGCAAGUGAAUGGGGCAAAAAGUACUUCAAGGGUAACUUCAAGAGACUGGCAAGGGUGAAAAGCAUGACAGAUCCACAGAAUUUUUUUAGAAAUGAACAGAGCAUUCCACCUCUUCCCACACCUGGGAAAAGGAAAUACAAAUAAAUAAAUGUUUCUGAAACUCUAUCUAGCACAAUCCCUCUAUAUCAAUUAGAGUUUCUAAAUUCUAACCAAGACUUGAUUUCUUCAACACAAUGAUGAAAAUUUCCCAGGAUUUCAAGUUCCCUAUAUUUUUUGGUUACCAAAGAGAAUGUCACAGCUUGCAACGAGAAAAUAUCAGGAACCAGUCUCGGUUGACUGCUAAAUAUAAAAGGAUACAAGGAGCAGAUAAAGAGUCAUCGCAUUGUGUUAAUAAGUUUUUGCUGCUUAUCACUUGCAUUUCGACUGAGAUUUUUCCCAACACACAAACUUUGGGGUUUCUUUUUUAUGUGCCAUCUGCAUUGCUCCAAAGUAUGAAAUAUAGCGAGAAGCAAUCAUUUAACUGAUAAGCUUUUCCCAUGCCAUCUAAUAAGUUUCUACGAUUUUAUUGCUACUACCAUUCAUAAUUGAAACACUUCUUUUGUGAUUUUAAAACAAGGAAAAAAAAUUAAGAAAUCAAAGAAAAAGGUUGCUCUAAAUGGAUGAUAAAAAGCAGGUAAGUUACAUUUUACUUAUGUAGACAAAUAAUAGCACUAAAGCUAUUCUUGUUAGCACAAUUAUCAAAAAACCUUAACAAAGAAAAUAGCCUUAAAUUGCUAACAACUGUUAUCUAAAAUUAGAAUAGCAGUAAAGUUAGGGGCAGGAAAAGCAUCAAAAGCAAACUAUAGGACCUCAAGCCAUUGACUAGGCAACUACUCAAGCCAAUAUGUGAUCAUCUCCUAUCAAUCUUUCUUAUUUCUUAUAAUGACCUUCACAGGGGUUUAGCCGUUCUAAGUAUUCUAUAGAUGCCAGAACACUAUCAUGCAAUGAAAUAAUUGCUUGGCGUUGGUAUAUAUAUUUAAGAAACAGUAAAAAGGAAAAAAAAAAAGAUGGAAGUGAAGACUUACAGCUUUAAACAUUCUGUACUGUGAACUAGCCACUAUCUGUUUGGGAGCCUGAAGUGUCUUUCCCCAUCAACCAAAAACAAACGGCACAGGGCCGACUCCUAUUCUUCAAUCAUAGCCAAAGGGCCUUUCUCG